AGGCGAGACCCGCAGGAGCGCGGCGGGUGCUGGGAGAGGGUCGCGCCACGGAGCCCUGCAGCACCCCCGAGGGAUCGCGGCACCGGGAUCCAUGCACGAAGAGUUAGCAUCCACCGACGUGCUGCCUCGCUGCUUGCAGCAGGGCAUGAAAUGUCCCCUUGCAGCACGUUUCCUCGCGAGGGAGCCGCGCUGAGCUGCAGGUGACCUGCUUUCCAAGGGCCGCGCAAGGCUGCGCUCUUUCUUUGGACGCCGUAAAGGAAAUCGAGGACGCCUUUGGCUGGGGCCCUUGCUCGCUCCCGGGCUGCUUCCUCUGGCCUCAUGGAGAAGGUGAGCUCGGACGGGGCGUUCUCUCACCCCCUGGAGCCCUCCGCCGACCCGCUGCAAGGCGUCGGCAAGGCGCCGUCGGGGGAGAAGCGCUUCAAGUUGUGGUACGUGGGCUGGUCGUGCCUGGACCGGCGCACCACGCUGCCCAUGCUGCCUUGGCUGGUGGCCGAGAUCCGUCGGCGCAGCCAGAAGCAGGAGCCCAGCGCGGUGCCCGCCCGCGAAGUGCUGCUGCUGCUGGGCUCGCCCAACCUGCGCUGCAUCCCGUCGGCCAUCAGCAGCGCCUCGAACCCGGCCGUCUUCAUCUUCGAGCACAAGGCGCAGCACAUCUCGCGCUUCAUCCACAACAGCCACGACCUCACCUACUUCGCCUACCUGAUCAAAGCGCAGCCCGACGACCCCGAGUCCCCGAUGGCUUGCCACGUCUUCAAGGCCACCGACCCCAGCCAGGUUCCAGAUGUCAUCAGCAGCAUAAGACAGGUUUGCAAAGCAGCCCUAAAAGAGGACGCCAAGCCUAACAAAGACAGCGAAGAUGCCUUCUACAACUCUCAAAAAUUUGAGGUUCUCUACUGUGGCAAAGUGACGGUGGCACACAAAAAGGCACCUUCCAGCCUGAUUGAUGACUGCAUCGAGAAGUUCAGCCUGCACGAGCGUCAGCGCCUGAAACUCUUGAGCGAGCAGAGGAAUGCAGAAUCUAUCACGGAUCUUAUGGAGUGCGAUGGGGAACUGGCCUCUUCUCCCUCGGACAGUCCGUUUGAGGAGGUGGACGGCCUCAACAGUGGUAGCCCCGGGAUGUUCAUAGUUGGAAGCCAGCCCAACCUGGCCAGCUUGGCCAGCUCCCGCGGCUCUUUCCCCGAGCGCAUUUUGGAGGAUUCGGGUUUUGAUGAGCAGCAGGAGUUCCGAUCGCGGUGCAGCAGUGUGACGGGCGUCAUGCAAAGGAAGGUUCACGACAAUAGUUUGAAAACACAAUCCCGGAGACGUCACGCAAGCGCCCCGAGCCACGUCCAGCCUUCUGACUCCGAAAAGAACAGGACCAUGCUGUUUCAGGUUGGUCGAUUUGAAAUUAACCUCAUCAGUCCAGAUACUAAAUCGGUUGUGUUUGAGAAGAACUUCAAAGAUAUCUCCUCAUGUUCUCAGGGCAUAAGACACAUAGAUCACUUUGGUUUUAUUUGUCGGGAAUCUGCGGAACCUGGGAUCAAUCAGUAUGUUUGUUAUGUGUUCCAGUGUGCAAGCGAAUCUCUGGUGGAUGAAGUCAUGCUCACUCUGAAACAAGCGUUCAGCACGGCUGCAGCCCUCCAGAGCGCCAAGACUCAGAUUAAGCUCUGCGAGGCCUGCCCAAUGCACUUUCUGCACAAGCUCUGCGAAAGGAUUGAAGGUCUUUAUCCGCCAAGAGCUAAACUUGUGAUUCAGAAACAUCUGUCCUCUCUCAGUGACAAUGAGCAAGCUGACAUCUUUGAGCGUGUGCAGAAAAUGAAGCCCGUUACUGACCAGGAAGACAAUGAGCUUGUGAUCUUACACUUGCGACAACUGUGUGAAGCUAAACAAAAGGCUCAUGUGCAUAUUGGAGAGGCUCCAAUGCAGAAUGCCUCCAACGCGACAGUUCCAGAGAACGCAGCUAGUGGUGGCAGAUUCAAACUUGACAUUCUGAAGAACAAGGCCAAGAAAUCUUUGACCAGUUCUCUAGAAAACAUUUUCUCAAGGGGAGCUAACCGAAUGCGUGGCCGUUUGGGGAGCAUGGACAGCUUUGAAAGGUGCAACAACCUCACUUCUGACAAAGAAUGCUCUUCUGGGGAGUCUCCUCCCACAACGCCCCCCACUUCUCCUGUAUCCUCGGCUUGGCAGCCGUUCCCCGAAGAGGAUUCCGAUUCUCCCCAGUUCAGGAGACGAGCUCAUACCUUUAGCCACCCGCCGUCCAGCGCCAAAAAGAGGAUUACUUUCCAAGACGGGAGGUCCCAAAGUGUCAAGUCUCCUCUCCCGAGACAGAACUCUGCGGAGCAUAGCAGGCUGACAAUUGCCCGACGCGCUCGCAGUGAGAGUGAAUCAUCUGCGCCGUCGAGUCUCCCUUCUUCCUUCUCUGCCCCAUCUUUCCUGAAAAGCUUUUACCAGAGCUCAGGAAAAUCAUCUCCUCAGUCUGAACAUGAACUCCCCCAGAGUGAUGGGGAAAGAAGAAAAAGGACCUCCUCUGUGUGCAGCAACGACUCUCUAAAUGCUGGCGGAAUUACCCUUACCCCCCGCCGGAUUUCCUGGCGGCAGAGAAUCUUCCUAAGGGUGGCAUCGCCCAUGAAGAAAUCCCCCUCAGCAAUGCAACUUCAAGAUGGAGGUGAUGUAAAUGAAUUGUUGCCGCUGUCUCCUCUUGCGCGAUCUUUUGAUGAAGACCCCCUUGUUUCCAUAUUGCAAAACGAUGAUCUUCAAGAUAAGACUGGGGAGAAAAAGAACUCUGAAGAGCUGCAGAGUCUGUGGAGAAAAGCCAUCCAUCAGCAAAUUCUGCUCCUUCGAAUGGAAAAGGAAAACCAGAAAUUGGAAGCAAGCAGAGAUGAGCUCCAGUCCAGAAAGGUUAAGCUGGACUAUGAGGAAGUUGGUACUUGUCAGAAAGACACUAUCAAUAUCUGGGAUAAGAAGCUGUUGAAUUGCAGAGCCAAAAUCAGAUGUGACAUGGAAGAUAUCCAUGCAACUCUGAAAGAUGGGGUUCCCAAAAGUCGCCGGGGAGAAAUAUGGCAAUUUCUUGCUGUGCAGCAUCGCGUAAGGCACCGGCUACCAAAUAAACAGCAACCGCCUGACAUCUCUUACAAAGAACUCCUGAAACAGCUGACAGCUCAGCAACAUGCGAUCCUUGUAGACCUAGGAAGGACCUUCCCAACACAUCCUUACUUCUCUGCUCAGUUAGGAGCAGGGCAGCUCUCCCUCUUCAAUCUUCUGAAAGCUUAUUCCUUGCUGGACAAGGAGGUGGGCUACUGCCAAGGUAUCAGCUUUGUAGCUGGGGUUCUGCUGCUCCACAUGAGCGAAGAACAAGCCUUCGAAAUGCUCAAAUUCCUCAUGUACGACCUCGGCUUCCGGAAGCAGUACAGGCCGGACAUGAUGUCGCUACAGAUCCAGAUGUACCAGCUGUCAAGGCUACUGCAUGAUUAUCACAGAGACCUCUACAACCACCUUGAAGAGAACGAGAUCAGCCCCAGCCUUUAUGCUGCCCCCUGGUUUCUUACUUUAUUUGCUUCGCAGUUUCCAUUGGGAUUUGUAGCCAGAGUGUUUGACAUUAUAUUUCUUCAGGGAACAGAAGUCAUAUUUAAAGUAGCACUAAGUUUGCUUAGCAGCCAAGAGGAACACAUCAUGAUGUGCGAGGCUUUUGAAAGCAUUGUCGAGUUUCUGAAAAACACUCUACCAGACAUGACAAAGCUCCAAAUGGAAAAGAUUAUGACACAGGUCUUUGAGAUGGAUAUUUCCAAACAGCUGCAUGCCUAUGAGGUGGAGUACCACGUUCUGCAAGAUGAACUGCAAGAGAACUCAAGUCUGUGCGAUGAUGGGGAGGCUCCCGAGAAACUCGAAAGGGCAAACAGUCAGCUGAAGAGGCAGAAUAUGGACCUCUUGGAGAAACUGCAGGCAGCUCAUGCUAAAAUCCAGAGUGUGGAAUCGAACCUGGAAGACGUCUUGGAAAGGGAGAACAAAAUGAAGAGCUUAAUUCAGUCUCUGGAAGAAGAGAAGGCGCUCUAUAGAAAGACUAUUGAGAAAAUCUGCAAAUACUUGCCGGAAAAUGUGCCGCCCGACUGUGAACAGCUGCUAAAGGAAGCAAACUGUAGCCCAAGCAAAAUUUAGAAAAUAAGCCAUAAGUGAAGCGUUGCAGGCAACACGGUUUCGAACAAUAAAGAAAAGGGAAAACGGCAAACGUAGAAGGUAUCUGCAUAAUCUCACACGGGUACUGGGGUUCUUCUAGCAGCGGAGAGGCCUUUAAAAUCUCGAUAUGCAAAUCCCAGGUUAAAUGUUUUUAAUAAUGGGUGUACAUAAAUAGCAAUGCAAAAAAAGAGGAAAGAAAAAGAAGAUUGGAUCUAAAGAAGACAAUUAGAUGUAUAUUUAGGAUUGGUGUAAAGGGAAAGAGAUGAAAGUCCACCCUUUUGGACCGCUGGUAACUUAAAUGUCAACUUCAAUAUGUUCUCUGGAUCUAGUGAAAGGAACAUGUUGUUGUCUUUAUACACAUUGAAUAAUACUUGAAAAGAAAACAAGAAUGUAAUUGUUCCCCUCCAAAGAAGAGCAUGUUUUCCAUUUUAGUUGGGGAUUUCUUUUGUGUUCUGUGUAAGGUUUUUUUCCCUGUGUGUGUGUGUCUCUGGCCAUUUUUACGUGCCUGCAGUUCAUUCUGCUGACUUCCACAUACGUCCAAGAAUAAUCCUGUCAUUUUGCGGCUCAGCUUCUUGAGGAGAGUUAAACGGUGCCAGGGUGCUUUCUCCUGCAUCUAGAGAAGUGGCCAUACCUUAUUCUCCCCAACGGAGGCAGGAAAAGUGAAGGUUGCAAGCAGUUCCUCUUCCCCCGUUCACUGGGGUGUGAAAUUAAGAGCCGAAACACGCUCUUGGAAAUCUCGCAUGAUGUAUCUCGCUGGAGAUACACCAUGAUACAGAACUAGCAUGUGUUUCUAAGGUAGCUUUUUCCUCGGACACGCUAGCUCUGUAGGUUUAGGAAUUACUUUAUGUGGGGAAAGAAUCAAAGUUUUCGUUCAUCGCCCGUCUUCUCACAUGAUGCACACCAACAGAUACGCCACAUGGAGUUUCCGCAUGUGCUGGCACAUAAGAUAACCUUUGAUUUGAACGCUGCUUCAUGCAGUUUAAAAUGUGAUGAAUACAUGGUUUCAGCGAGCCAAAGAAACCUUGUAAGAGUCCCCAACCUCUCUCUGUGCAAAGGGCCAACGACCCGUCCAGUUUCCCCCCCUUUAUUGGGAUAUGGGCACUGACAAAACUUCAGGAUUCUUUAUGUAGACUAUUAUGAUGCCUCAAAGAUGCCCUUGCCUCAGAGAAGCAUAUAGACGUGUUUACUCUGCAGGGAAGUCGUCGUCCAAAUCUAGUGGUUAGUACAUUUCAGCUUAAGAUAUCUGUUCUGGAGCAUACCUUGUCUCGUUUUGUUUAGAAGCAGGAUUCAAUACCAAUAGACACAGUUCAAUGCUUUUUUCCGGGCAGCUUCCAUUCUUUUUAUCAGUCUCUGCUUUUGCACAGCGCUGAAGAACUGUUGUUUUUGGAACCCACUUCAGUCUUGUAGACCCGACCCUGAAGUCAAUAUUUGAUCUGAGGGAGCUAUGAAAAUAGCAGUUAAUCAUGCACAGGAGAUUUGCAUUUGUGGGAACAUGCUUGAAUCGAAUUAUUGUAACACCCAGUGGGGAUUUAUUUGUUAUAUUUUUCCAGGUAUUGUUUUUUUCUAAAAUAAUAAUAAUAAUAAUAAGCCAAGUGCCAAAUUCAGCCAAGUGUCUUACUCAUAAGUGGAGAGAGUGCCAAUGUUUCCUUUGCAAAAUGCCUAAUGCAAGCGACAAGCAAAUCCGAGGGACAACAAAGUUGGUUUGCUGGUUUAGUACGGCAGUAUCAAGUCUUUUCUUGUUAGUUGAUAACAUUAAUGGUGUGAUCAUCACAAGGCACAGUCCAGCAGGAGUGGAUGAAACAAAUAGGUGACAUUGUAGGAAAUUCCACUGUGGAAGACAGAUUUCUAACAGAUUGUGCCUAGCAUUAUUUUCUUGCAGCUGUUGCCUCUCACCCAAAUGAAUAAACUCACUAAUAAUUGCAUUUUCCCAGAUGGAAGGGGGAAAGUGAUUCUCCUUUCUUUUUUGCAAUUUCACUUGAAGCAAUAUUGUGCAUACAGAACCAGUCCCAUAGAACUGUUGAACUGUGUACUGCAUUGAUCAACUUGUCAAGGCGCACGUUGCAAUUUCUUUUCAGAACUUUUUUUUUUUAAGAGGCAGAGAAAGUUUCACCCUAAGUUGGACUUAUUCACAUGUAUCAUUUGGAGAAUUUCCAAUAAAUGUCAUUGCUGCA